AUGGAUAUGGAAGGAGAGGGAAUUAUAGGGUGUGAUGGUUCUAAUACACAAACACAUGCUGAUAGUAAUCAACCUAUGCAAGAAGAUCAGCAAACAAACACAAAUCAGUCUCAAGAACAAGAUCAACAUACUCAUGAAGGUGCUAAAGAAACGGUUGAUAGAAAAAGGAAAUUAACUUCACCGGCAUGGGAGCAUUUCAAAAAGAUAAAGGUGAAUGGUGAGGAAAAGGCGGAGUGCAAUUAUUGUAACACCAAAUUAGGAGCAAAGAGCAAAAAUGGGACAAAACAUUUACUUUUUCAUAUGGAGAAAUGUCCGAAACGAAAGAAUAAAGAUAUACGCCAACAAGUUUUAUCAAUGAAUCAUGUAAAGUUAUCAGGACAUUCGGAUGUGUCUUGCUAUAAUUUUGAUGCUGAUCAGUCAAGAACAGAUCUCGCCGAGAUGGUAAUUAUUCACGAGAUCUUGGAGAAAAAUGCUAGUAGAAUUGCAAUUACUACAGACAUGUGGACAUCAAGCAAUCAAAAGAAAGGUUUUAUGGCCAUUACUUCUCUUUUCAUCGAUGAUAACUGGGAAAUGCAAAGUCGAAUAAUAAGGUUCAUUUAUGUUCCUUGUCCUCAUACUGGUGAAGUUCUUGCUAAUGUUUUGUAUGAGUCCUUAUGUGAUUGGAAUAUCGAUAGGAAGAUGCGUUGUUGUGCUCACAUUCUAAAUCUAAUUGUCCAAGAUGGGUUGUCAAUUAUUGCUGAUGGGAUAGAGAGAAUUAGGGAUAGUGUUAGUUAUUGGACAACAACACCAAAGCGUUAUGAAAAGUUUGAAGCUGCAGCUCAUCAUUUGGAUGUUUUCAAACGUCUUAAACAACGAGACUCUCAAUAUAACAGCUUGCCAUCAGAGAAAGAUUGGGAGUUGGCCUCUAAUAUUUGUCAAAAGUUGAAGUGGAGUCAAGAUAAUGAGAAAGUGAUACAGGACAUGGCCAAGAAGAUGAUUACGGAAUAUGAUAAAUAUUGGUCAAUUAUUCAUGGGUUUAUGGGAGUGGCAGCCAUUUUAGAUCCUCGUUACAAGUUGAGCAUUAUGAAGCAUUCAUUUCCAAAACUUUACGGUUCUGAAAAAGUUGCAAGUGCUGAAAUUGAGAAGCAUAGAACAUUUAUUUAUGAAUUGUUUGAAGACUAUAAAAGAAAAGGUUACGAGAAUGCAAGGAACCAUGGUUAUGAUGGGUCAACUUCAAAUAAGGAUAAGAGUGAAAGUGGAUUGUUUGAUGACUAUUCAUUAUUUGUCGCCGAGGAGAAUACUUCAGGAGGUAUCAUAUUAGAGCUUGAUCAUUACCUUCAAGAGAAAGUUUGUCCGCCAGACAUCGAACUUGAUAUACUAGCUUGGUGGAAAACAAAUGGCUUAAAGUACCCUAUACUCCAAAAGAUAGCCCGAGAUGUAUUGGCAAUCGCCAUAACAACCGUUGCCUCAGAGUCUUCUUUCAGCACAAGUGGUAGAUUGGUAAGUCCUCAUCGUAGCCGUCUUCAUCCAAGUACCUUGGAAGCGUUAAUGUGUGCUCAAAGUUGGUUAUUAAAUGAAAUAAGAGCAACUUGUUUAAAAGAAAGCGGAGCUUCUUGUCAAACAAUUGGGUAUGAUUAUGAUGAUGGUGAUGAGACGAGGAAAAAUGGAAAAUGUUUAAAGAAAGGAGAUGCAGCAGGUGGACAAGAUUUUUGGUUGGAUGUGCUCUUUUUUGGUGAAAACAAACUACUGAAACUGAAAUGGAGGAUCAAGAUGGACAUAUUUUACUUGAAUAUAUAUUAA